AUGGUUAAAUCUAAAUUAAAAAAUAGGAAAGCAAAGGUAAAUAUUAAUGAAAUUCUUCGAAUUGGUUCAAUAAUGGAACGUAUUAAUAUUCAGCAGCGAAAUAGAGAAGCAUUUGAUUGGUUAGCAGAGAAUCGUGAUCAAAUGGAUAGUAAUCCAAAGAAUUUUGCAAAUCAUUUAAUUAUUGCAGUUGGACAAUUAGUCAUGAAAAAAUUGCUCAAAGAUGAAAUUAUUACAUCGAAUGAGUAUGAACGAAAUUUUCAACGUUUUGAAAAUUUAUCUGAUGAACAAUUACCAACGGUGGUGCUUAUUUCUAAUAUACUUCAAAAAAAUUGUGCAUACUUUCAAGCUGAUGCAGUAUAA